AUGGCUAGAGAGCAAUCAGAUGAUUCCCCAAACCCCUUCUUCCUUCACAGUGUCGACCAUUCUGGAUUGGUCUUGGUAUCCAAUGUCCUCAAUGGCAAUAAUUACAACACAUGGGAGAGAGUAAUCAAAAUAGCUUUGAACGCCAAAAACAAAUUGGGUUUCAUAGAUGGAACUUAUGAUCAACCGAGCAACACCGAUUCCACUGCUGGAGCUUGGUCACGUUGUAAUAGCAUGAGCAAUGCUCCACGCAUCUACCAACUGAAACAGAGCAUGAAUAACCUUGUUCAAGGAUCACUCAGCAUCAACGCCUAUUAUACGCGGAUGAAAAUAAUCUGGGACGACCUCAAAACUUACAAACCAGCUCCAACCUGUCAUUGCGGAAACACGAAGGCAUGGAAUGAUUAUCAAGAGCAGGAGUUUGUGAUGAUAUUUUUGAUGGGUUUGAAUCCUUCCUAUGCUGCAAUUAGGGCUCAAAUCCUGAUGAUGGAAUCUUUGCCAUCCAUUUUGAAGGUUUUCUCGCUGGUGGUGCAAGAAGAACGGCACCGUGCGAUCGACUUCGACGCGUGCGCAGAGGCGGCUACGAGGUCUGCUUCUUCUGUUGCCCUAGCUCAAGAUCGAAGACGACCCACCUGUUCACACUGUGGGCUCGGGGGCCACACUGUGGACAGAUGUUACCGGUUACAUGGGUAUCCACCGGGCCUUAAGCCCAAGCCCAAUAUGCACUCGCCUGACCCCAACCAGGCUGUUUUUAAUGAAGGACAAGCCCAAGCCCAAGCCCAAGCCCAAGCCUGCAAUGUUUCAACUCAGUCUCGGCCCACUCCUGGAACUAUAUCAUUUAAUUCAUCUGGGUCUGAGUCCAGGCCCGUCUUUUCUUCUGCCAGCCAGAUCUCGGCCCACGAACAGGCUCCUCCAGGGAACAACUCUUUUUCUUCCUCGGGCACGUACCCAACUGUGUGA